GCAGGUUGAAAUAGCAGAAAAGAUGUCAGGGAGGCCCAGUAUGGUCAAGGAGAACUGCGACCUGGAAAGAAACACUCAGGGUACACAGACCAGCACUGAACACAGCACAGGUUGUGCCAAACUCCAUGAGUCCUGCCUUUGUCCACCAAGGGGCCUACUUGCCUCCAUCAUAACCAAAGUGACAAUGGGUGUGGUGCUCUUCGGGGUGGUCUGGUCGGUCACGGAGAAGGAGUGCCUGCCUGGGGGGAACAUGUUCGGCAUCGUGGUGCUGUUCAUCUGUGCCGUGUGCGGGGGGAAGCUGGUGGGGCUGAUCCAGUUCCCCACGCUGCCCCCCUUCCCUCCCCUCCUUGGAAUGCUAUUGGCCGGGAUUCUCCUGCGCAACAUCCCCGUGGUCACCGACGCCGUCCACAUUGAUGUCCGAUGGUCGUCGGCCCUGCGGAACAUCGCCCUCGCCAUCAUCCUGACCAGAGCUGGACUGGGCCUCAACGCCUCGGCUCUGAAGAAGCUGAAAGCCGUCUGUCUGCGCGUGGCGGUCGGGCCGUGCUCCUUAGAAGCCUGCACCGUGGCGGUUCUGUCCCACCUCAUGAUGGGCCUCCCCUGGAUCUGGAGCUUCAUCCUCGGGUUUGUGCUGAGCGCAGUGUCCCCUGCCGUGGUGGUCCCCUCCAUGCUUCUCCUGCAGAAGGACGGGUACGGGGUGGACAAGGGCAUCCCUACCCUGCUAAUGGCUGCCGGGAGCUUCGACGACAUCCUGGCCAUUACCGGCUUCGCCACCUGCCUGGGGAUGGCAUUUGCCACAGGGUCCACCUGGUAUAACCUGGGAAAGGGCAUUCUGGAGGUGGUCGGGGGGAUGGCUGCAGGGGCAGUCCUCGGGAUAUUUAUGAGAUUCUUCCCCAGUAAAGACCAAGAAGACCUGGUGAUGAAAAGGUGCGGGCUGCUCCUGGGCCUGUCUAUCUUCGCCGUGUUCGGAAGCCGCGUUGCUGGUCUCUCCGGGGCGGGGGGGCUGUCCACCCUGGUAAUGGCCUUCCUAGCGGGCCUGGCCUGGGGAGAGUUAAAGGCUCCUGUGGCAGCGGUCGUUGGGUUAUCCUGGGAAAUCUUCCAGCCGCUGCUCUUCGGCCUUAUCGGAGCUGAAAUCACAGUGUCCACACUGGACCCCAGUACCGUGUGGCUGGGUCUGGCUGCUCUGGGCAUUGGCUUGGUCGUGCGCAUUCUCUUCACCUACUGCAUGGUACUGUUUGCAGGAUUUAAUUUAAAGGAGAAAAUCUUCAUCGCCCUGGCUUGGCUGCCUAAGGCCACUGUACAGGCAGCCAUAGGAUCGACAGCGCUGGACAUGGCCCGGAGCAAAGGGGACCCCGUCCUGGAGAAGUACGGCAUGACCGUGCUAACGGUGGCGGUCCUGGCCAUACUGGUGACCGCGCCCAUCGGGGCCCUGGGCAUCGGGCUGGCGGGGCCCAGACUGCUGCAGAAGCACAAAGACCCCGCCUCGGGGAGCGCCCAGACCGAGGGUAGAGCAGCAGGAGUGGUGUUGGAGUCGGGGCCUGAGCCUGUCACAGAGCCCUCCGUCACACGCGAGAGCUCGAUAUAG